GUAGUCUUGGACUCUUGAACAGGCUUCCUGAUCCGAAUUUCGGUAUUCUUGCAUCGUCCAAUCUCGUUGGUGUCCCAUCUAGCCGUUGGCUACGUAAAUUGUCCCCAACUGACUAUUAGUGAGGUAUUCAGUCACUGACAUCCGGACAGCUGUCAUGUAUUACUGUCGGGGGUAUUACUACUCUAGGUAUGAUCCAAACCGACUAACGGCGAACGUUCAGGGUCCGUGGGAACGUCAUCUCUUCUGAUCCUUUCCCACUACCGUAGACGUUUCUAUCAUUAUCAUCACAAUUGUAGGAAUCCCGACGGAUGUGAUGCUUGGAUUCGUCGUUAUCGCUUUGUUUCUACAGCUUAAGGUUCGGUUCCUGGUAGGCUAUGGCGGUCUGGAGUGUUCAGCGUCCGUUCUGGCAUGACUUCUGACUGUGGCACUAGCGGGAUAAAAGAGCCCAACCAAUGAAUCUGCUAACUUUGAGCUUAUGUCUGCCUUAUGCCUGUCACCAUAUAUUCUCAAAAGAUUGACCCAGACGGCAUAGCCAUGCCUCCCAGUACACGAACUGGUAGCUUGGUACUUUUGUCGGAAUAUAAUCCCUACGUCCAGGAUGACAUGUAUGUGCCGGAGCUACCACAACCUGAGCCAGCUCCUUGGCGGCAGCAUCAGUAUUACAAUGGCUCCCCUAUGGCUGCAGGUCAUAUAUUGUCGAUGCAUAGCACCGUAGUUGCUCUGAACGCAAAGCGCCGGGAAGCCUUGGCUGAAGUGGAUGAAGCAAAGUUCUCACGGUUCCAUGCCAGAGUGUGUUUCGUCGCUGGAGUUGGGUUCUUCACAGAUUUAUGACAUUUUUGCCAUCAAUAUUGCUUCAACUUUGAUUGGUUACAUAUAUGGACAAGGCCAUGCAUUGAACACUGCUCAGGACCUUGGCGUGAAGAUUGCAACGCAGACCGGCAUCCUGUUUGGGCAGUUGAUCUUUGGGUUCCUCGCAGAUGUCUAUGGUCGGAGAAAGAUGUACGGAAUCGAGUUGGUAGUCAUAGUAUUCGCUACGCUUGCGCAAGCGCUUUCUGGUGCCGCACCUGCUGUUGGAAUCAUCGGAUCUCUCGUUGUAUGGAGAUUUGUGAUGGGGGUCGGCAUAGGAGGUGACUAUCCCUUGAGUGCGAUCAUUACCUCAGAAUUCGCUCCCGUACAUCUUCGCGGACGUCUUAUGGCAGCAGUCUUUGCUAAUCAGGGUGUGGGUCAACUCGUGGCUGCCGUGGUCGCAAUGAUCGUUACAGUCGUAGCUAAGAAGAGUGCCACUAUCGUCUCAACGGAUGUUGCAUGGCGUGUCCUGCUGGGCGUUGGCUGCAUACCAGGAUUGAUUGCAAUCGGCAUACGAUAUACAAUCCCCGAAACCCCUCGGUACAUUAUGGACAUUGCUCGGAAUGUUGACCAAGCAAGCCAGGAUAUUGACAACUAUUUGAAAACCGGGACUUUCUACGUCGAUCCGGAUGCGCCCAUCGAACGCGUUCAAGCUCCCCGAGCAACUAAACGGGACUUUUGGUAUUAUUUCACCAGAUUUGACAACUUCAAGAUCCUUUUUGCAGCCUGCUAUUCAUGGUUCAUUAUCGACUUCGCAUUCUAUGGUCUAGCCUUGAACUCCUCCAUCAUUUUGCAAGCCAUCAAUUUCAGUCCAACUGUCAAACACGCCGCUACUCUCGAGGACGCAUUGUCGGCUCUCACUCGCAUCGCCGAGGGAAACCUUAUUCUCACUGGCGCAGGUCUUCUGCCAGGAUAUUUGGCCACUCUCAUAUUCGUUGACCGCUGGGGACGAAAGCCUAUACAGUACACGGGAUUUGGUGCCCUGUUUGCGAUUUUCGCCGUUAUGGGCUUUGGAUACGACCGCUUUGUCGCAGGGUCUGACAGCGAUGGAGGCACCAAUCAUCCCAUCACUCCUGGGAUCACAGCAUAUGUAUUCAUUUAUUGUCUUGCCUAUUUCUUCCAGAACUUUGGACCGAACACUACCACAUUCAUUAUACCCGGCGAAAUUUUCGCAACACGAUACCGUUCUACAGCCCAUGGAAUUGCUUCCGCAAGCGGAAAAUCGGGUGCUAUCCUUGUCCAAGUUGUCUUCGAACUCUGGCUCUUCCGUACGAAUGCAGGCGUAGGUGGACUUCAAGACUUCCGUAAACCCAUCCGGACAAUGUUCAUCAUAUUCUCUUUCCUGAUGUUGACUGGCCUUGUCUCUACAUGGUGUCUUCCGGAGACGAAGAACAAAUCGCUGGAGGACCUUUCCAAUGAAAGCCAAGAAACAUUCAUAACAGGUCCUCCACAGCCGCGACCGCCAAGACCACCACGGUACUGACAUCUUCUCGCUACCAAGAUUCAAACCACUCUAGUAGGGAGCAUAGGCGUUUCAUUUUUCCAGGGUCACUGUACUAGCUCUCGUGCUGUAUUUUACCAUCUCCACUCGCACAUCCAGACUAGAACCAUAGUUGGAGCUAGAGUGCUUCUCAGCUUGUCUGACCCACGUGUAUGUUGAGUAUAUCGGGCAAAUAAAAGAUCAAUGCUACUACGACGCC